UCAGCAGGGUACUGGAGAUUUCAACAUGGCCGCUUCGGGCUGUCACUAAGGGAGUUGUUUUCAACUCAAGAGCCGUUGUCUUGGCAAGAGUAAAUAACGGAGCCAUUCAGUAAUUGGUGCUGGUUGAGAAACCAAGACCAGCAAAGCAAUGGCUCAGUGCGUUCAGUCCGUUCAGGAGUUCAUCCAGGACUCCUUCGUUCCGAUGGUUGCCGUCUUAUGCAGCGAAGAUGCAGAGAAAGUCACCCGCAAAAACAAUCUGAAUUUUCCGGAGCUUCUGCGGCCUUUCUGUCGGCUCACUUCUGAAGGGCACCUGCGAGACCCCAACAACCAGCUGGUGGUGGUGCGAAGCCUGCGCGUUUGUGUGACGGGCAUCAGCACGCGCCCGCCCCAUACCGCCACCCUCCGUGCUGCCCUCUCCAACGCCGUGGCAACCUGCCAGCCGCCCGACACAGCCAGCGCUAACGUCAUCACCGCGGGAGACUAUGACCUCAACAUUAGUGAUCGCUCGUUAAAAGCGAGCGUGCCAUGGUACUCCAGCUGGAGGGACACUCUCACCCAGCUCAGCUCCAGCAGUCACUUCACAGCGACGACCCCCUGGUUUGAAGCUUACAGGGAAAUCUUCCUACAGUCCAUGCCAGGGUCCGAGCAUGAGUUUCUCAACCACUACUUGGCCUGCAUGCUGGUGGUGUCGUCGUCGGAGACGGUUCCUCUGGACCAGUUCCUGAAGCUGUCCCAGGAGCAGCACAAGAUCCAGCACAGCGGAGAGUACACCCAUCCGCGCUGGUUCAUCCCCAACACGCUCAAAUACUACGUCCUCCUGCACGACAUCAGCGAUGGAGACGAGCAGAGAGCGGAGAGUGUGUACGAGGAUAUGAAGCAGCGUUACGGCUCUCAGGCGUGCUACCUGCUUAAGAUCAACUCCAGACAGGGCGGAGCGGUGGGCUCCGAGGAGCAGAUCCCUGACCCCUGGAGCCAGUACCUGCAGAAAACACACACACAGGAGGUGUUUGAUGAUACUGCAUCCACCAACAGCAUUGAUAAUGACCUCAACAGUUCAUCUAAGAUGGACGACGGAGACACCCCCACUAAAGAUGACAUGUCAAACAAUCUGGACGAGCACCCUCUCCAGUUGGACCAGUCGGCGGAUCCAGUUCUGCCCGGUGGCGACUCCCUGGAAGGCGAGGAGGCGCGUGCCCCUAAGUCCGCAGUGGCCACACCCGCGUCCAGUGGCACCCAUGGGGCUUGGCUCACCCUCACCGACCACGACCGCAUCCGCCAGUUCAUCCAGGAGUUCACCUUCAGAGGCCUGCUCCCCCACAUCGAGAAGAACAUCCGCCAGCUCAACGACCAGCUGGUAUCUCGGAAGGGCUUGAGCAGGUCAUUGUUCUCGGCCACUAAGAAGUGGUUUGGUGGGGGGAAGGUCCCUGAGAAGAGUAUCAGUGAGUUGAAGAACACUGCUGGACUACUCUAUCCCCCAGAGGCGCCAGAGCUCCAGAUCCGUAAGAUGGCCGACCUGUGCUUUCUGGUGCAGCACUAUGAGUUGGCCUACAGCUGCUACCACACCGCCAAGAAGGACUUCCUCUCCGACCAGGCCAUGCUGUAUGCUGCCGGCGCACUGGAGAUGGCUGCGGUCUCUGCCUUUCUUCAGCCCGGAGCCCCUCGACCGUAUCCAGCACAUUACAUGGAUACAGCCAUCCAGACGUACAGAGACGUGUGCAAGAACAUGAUGCUAGCCGAGCGCUGUGCCCUACUGAGCGCUGAGGUUCUGAAGAGUCAGGCGAAGUACUCCGACGCUGCUACACUGCUUAUCAAGAUGACCAGCGAGGACUCUGAUUUGCGAAGUGCUUUACUUCUGGAGCAGGCGGCCCACUGCUUCAUUAAUAUGCGGAACCCGAUGGUGCGCAAGUUCGCCUUCCACAUGAUCCUGGCAGGACACCGCUAUAGCAAAGCUGGACAGCGGAGACAUGCGUUGCGCUGCUACUGCCAAGCGCUCCAGGUGUAUCGUGGGAAGGGUUGGUCGCUGGCGGAGGACCACAUCAACUUCACCAUCGGCCGGCAGUCCUACACACUCCAGCAGCCGGACAACGCGGCGGCCGCCUUCAGACACAUUCUCAUCAACGACAGCCAGCAGAGCUCCACCCAGCAGGCCGCCUUCCUACGGGAGUAUCUUUAUGUCUACAAGAGUGUGAACCGGCCGUCGGGGGAGGCUGACUCAGAGGGGGUGCUGCCCCAGCUGCCGCUGCCCUGCCUCAACAGUGCACAGACGCGCGUCUUCUUCGGCCACGAGCGCAGGCUCGCCGAGGGUGAGAAGCAAGCAGCGACUCAUGUAACACUGGACCAAGAGUGCGAUGCCGAUCUCUCGCGCCUCUGGAUCCGAUUGGAGGAACAGGUGGUUGCCAUGGUGAAUCGGGGCGUGGUGCCGCAGUCGUUUCAGCCCACCCAGGCCUGCCUCAGCCAGCACACGGACAACCUCCGAUUCCCGCUGGCCGUUGUCAAUGAACCCAUCAUUGUGGAGGUGUCUUUCCGGAACCCUCUGCGGGUGCCUCUAAGUCUGUCUGACCUCUCGUUGCUAUGGAAGUUUACCCCCGAAGACUUCAGCCGACAGCCAGACAACACACACACCUCGUCUCAGAGCAUCACCAACGAGAAGGACGUCCUCAACCCACAGACCACGCCGAAAGAUGACGUCAUCACCACUGAGGUCAUCGCAGAAUUCAACUUGAGUCCAGAAGAGACCAAAUUGGCGCGGCUGAAGCUGCUGCCCCACCAGACUGGAGAGCUGAGGAUUCUGGGAGUAGUGUAUAACCUGGGCACUGGGGACUCGGGAAAUAGCUCAGCAGAAGGGCUCCCAGUGGGUGGUUUGAGUGUGCGUGGUCGGCAGGAUCUGGAGAUACAGGGCCCGCGACUCAACCAGACCAAAGAGGAGAAGACCAGCGUGAAGCAUGGAUCAGACCACCGCCUCGACCCCAUCAUUACCCCACCCAUGCCCCUGCUAGAGGUGUUCUUCCUGCACUUCCCGACGGCGCUGCUGUGCGGCGAGCUGCGGAAGGCGUGGGUGGAGUUUGUGAACGUGAGCGGCGUGCCGCUGGCCGGGCUGCGCGUGGCCUCCACGCACCCGCACUUCUUCACGCUGGGCGCCCGCGGCGGGCAGGGCCAGGCCCGCACGCCCCUCUCGCCCGCCGCCUCCGAGCACAACUCCGCCUACAAGACCGUCUCCGCGCCCCCUUCCGCCGUCGCCACGCUCACCCUGGUGUCGCCCGCCCAGUUCGGCGGCGGAGGGGCGGCGGCGGGGGUCGGCGGCGGGAGCGGAGGCUCGGAGGGGAUGCCCGCCGGUGGGGUUGGCGGCGGUGCCAGGGUGGUGGAGGUGGAGCUGCCCGGGCAGGUGCUGCAGCCGGGCGAGGCCCUCCAGGUGCCCAUGUGGCUGCGGGGGCCCGACACGGAGGGCGUGCACGAGAUCCACUUCCUGUUCUACUACGAGAGCACGCAGAAGAACGGCAAACUCAGUCACAGGGUCCUGAGACACACCGCGGUCAUCUGCGCGAUCCGCUCGUUGAGUGUGCGGGCCACGGCGUGCCGCAGCAACACCCUGGCCGUGCCCCAGACGCACGCACCCUCCCCGGUGCCGCCCGCACCAACGCCAGCGCCGGCCCAGACGCAGGGCCAGGAUGACCGGAGCGGCAGCAUGCUGGUCUUCGUCGAUGUGGAGAACGUCAACACCAGUGAAGUCGGGGUGCGCGAAUUUCACAUAGUGCAAGUGUCCAGCAGCAGCCGCCAUUGGAGACUGCACACCUGCAUUAACCCAGCUGGAGACAAAGACUCAAAGCUGGGGAGCAGAGAGAGGGGAAAGCUGUGUUUCAGAGCCAGCAGAUGCAAACCACAAGAAGCUACCUCAGACACUGAAAACAAACUCACUUUUGCAGACCUGAACUUGGGAAAUGAGCAGAUCGUGAGCUCCUCCACCCCAUGUGCAGACUUCUUCUUCCGCCGAGGCCCCUGCCCUGAUCAGAAGCGAGGUGCUGUGGUGGUGGCUGCAGCCUGGGGACAGGGAUCGGGCUCCGGCACUGUCGUCGACGACAGCCUGGCUGUGGUCAAGAAGUGUAGUGAGAUCGAGCUGGACCUCAUUGUGCUGUGGAAGGCAUACGUCGUGGAGGAUAAUAAACAGCUCAUCCUGGAGGGCCAGCUACAUGUGUCUCUGCAGACUAUUGGCAAAGAGGUGUGCUCUCUAACGCAGAAAGAGGAAAGCCAGGAGAUGGUGCUGCUGAAGUUUAAGCCUGACCCGCCGCCCCCACUGGCUCGACCCUCACAGGAGCAGCUCUCUCACCUCAUCAAGACCUGCCUACAGUACCCACAAACCUACCAGCACUCCUUUCCACAGCAAAGUUUGUGUAUGGUUCCAGUCACGCUGAUGCUUUCGAACUGCUCGCUGGCUCAGGUUGAUGUCAUCAUUGACCUGCGACACAAGUCUACCAGCCCUGAGCCUGUGGACGCGUGCGGCAUGUUCGUGUGGUUGGGUCAGACGCAACACAAGCUGCAGCUGGCCGCGCAGGAAGUGCGCUGCGUGCGCCUGCGCGUCUGCUUCACGCAGCCGGGCGUCUACAACCUGGGCACGCCGCGCGUCUUCGCCAAGCUCGCCCACAGCGCCAACAUGUACGAGACCAGCCAGCAGAGCGCCCUGCCCGCCCUCAUCGUCAUCGACGGCGUGUAAUGCGGAUGCGGCGCUCCGCGUCUCGUGGGGUCAAAGCGAGCGCUCUACGUGACCCUUGCCUGACCUUUCAGCGACAGCGACACGGCGCAGAAGCCACUGCAAACCUUUCUCACGUCUUUGCGGUCUCUCUCUGUCUCUCUCUCUCUCUCUCUCUCUCUCUGUCUCUGUCUCUCUCUCUCUCAUAUGUGACUGCAGCUCGCAUUUACUGCAACCGGUCGACAUCUCUGCUGUGAAACUUUGGUCACUGCGACACUGACUGUUGUCACGGCAACUUUACCGCAACUCUAGCACAACC